AUGAAUGGAAAGUCAGAAGACAACUGGCAAAACCCAGCCAUCUGUGUGCUGGAGAUCAGCGUGUUCAGCAUGGUGUCCAAGGACAUCACGAGAAAUGUAGUCGACUACAUCUCCACCUUGGCCUGGAAGAACAAAAUCAUCAUCCAGCGCUUUCAUCAGCCCACCUGCCUUGAACAGAUAUCUGCCAUUGAGCACUACAGAAGCCUGGGUGUGUUGUUUAAGAGGUGCACCCUGUUACUGCCCACAAAGGAAAGGUUAAAGUUUAUCUUUGGCAGGUUUUCACAGAUUCCCUGCUUCAUGUUGGAGCAGUGUCCAACACCAGACUGCAUUGGUUUCUACAGCUGCGGGGUCUUUCUCCAGACACUGAUUGCGGGGUGGGACGAGCUGGAGUGCCACAGAGUGUUCAACUUCCUUUGUGACCUGACAAACCUGCAGCAGAAAAUUGAAGCGGUAAUCACUGCCAAACCAGGGACGAGGGGCCACCAAGAGCUGCAGCUUCGUCUGUUCUGCCGUCGGGUUCUGUUGGACCCGCGGCCGUGCCACUUAGAGUAUCGGUUCUGGCUCAUGCAACUCCUGAAGCCGUGGCCCAUGGUCAGCCAGGCUCACUUGCUGUUCAUCCUCUAUGGACCCCUGCGGCCUGAGGGCACCCUCGGCUGGCAGGACCUGGUGGAGAGGGGGCUGCCUCACGCUGCUCUGUGGGAUCUGGCGAAGGCCCUCCUCAUGCUUUUCAGCAAAGCAGAAGUCAAAGGCUGGACCACUGACUCGACGCUGGCAAUCUUUGAGGAGCUCACUGUCAUUCCUCAACCGUGGCACGUGGAGAACAUCGCUCGUCUCUUGGUGCUGUGCGGCAGCAAAGUCUGCUACACGGUUCUGGCCAGCAAGGCUGUCAGUGGACGACUCCUCGACAUCUCAAGACUCAUCGUGUACAUCGUACUGGUGUGCGAGAAGGACGGCUACCACAUGAGCUGGGCGGUGAAGCUGGUGCAGCAGAUCACCAACGUCUUCAGCACAGUUCCCGAGAAGUUGUUCUUCAUCCAGCAGCUGGAGAACAUGUUUUCAGGGGUCACUCGGGAAUUCUUUGAAGUUUCUGUUGCAGGGAACCGCUUUGAGGACAGAGAGACUUUCCAGACCCUGUGCGUCCUCCUGGACUCCAGCGCUCGCUUCCACACCAGCUUCAUCCACAUGUUUCUCAGACAGGAAUUACACACAUUAAACGAGAUGUGA